AGGGUUACUUCAUUUCAAUAGUCCGGGAAGUCAAAACACAACACUCACACAAUCACCCAAAACACGUAAUGCCCUUGCCCUAUUCUGCGACGCUCGUCUUCCGUUCGCUACCGCCCUCCGCCGUCAUCACUUUCUGCUCCACCGUCACAUCUUCUCUGGCAUAGCGUCCCUGAUUUUCAUCUAAAUAUCUCGAUCAAACAGGUUCAUUGCACUGGUAACUUCUGAAGAUGGCUGAUCAUCGCAAUGGUGGGAAUCAUCCACCAGCCAGUAAAGGUGCAGGUGCAGGUGGAGCUGGAGCUGGAAGUGCAUACUCAAUUGAUGCAGAAACUAUGAGCAGAAGGUUAAAGUUAAUGUAUUCUAACUGGAGGGAACACAAAGAUGAGUUAUGGGGUUCUUGUAAUGCCUUUGCAGUAGCCACCCCACCUCCUUCUGAUGAUCUUCGUUAUCUAAAAUCUUCAUCUCUCAACAUUUGGCUUCUUGGUUACGAAUUCCCAGAAACAAUAAUGGUUUUCUCAGAGAAACAGAUUCACUUCUUAUGCAGCCAGAAGAAGGCAGAUUUGUUAAGUGUUGUGAAAAAGUCUGCAAAAGAAGCAGUUGGUGUAGAAGUUGUGAUGCAUAUCAAAGCUUCAAAAAGUGAUGAUGGGGCGAAAGAAAUGGAUGCCAUAUUACAAGCCAUCAGUGAUGGUGAUGACACUGUUCUUGGCUAUAUAGCAAAAGAAGCACCUGAAGGGAAGCUUUUAGAGAAAUGGACUGAAAAGAUGAAGUCUUCAAGAUUACAGCUUUCUGAUAUCACAAACGGAUUAGCAGAUCUUUUUGCUGUGAAAGAAGCUGGUGAGCUUACAAAUGUGAAAAAAGCUGCUUAUCUUACUGCUUCUGCUAUGAAACAGUUUGUUGUUCCAAAACUUGAGAAGGUAAUCGAUGAAGAAAAGAAGGUGACACAUUCUUCUUUAAUGGACGACACUGAAAAGGCGAUUCUUGAACCUGCUAGAAUCAAGGUGAAGUUGAAAGCUGAUAAUGUUGAUAUCUGCUAUCCUCCUAUUUUUCAAAGUGGUGGAAAUUUCGAUCUGAAACCUAGUGCUUCAAGUAAUGACUACCAUUUGUACUAUGAUUCUGCAAGUGUGAUAAUCUGUGCACUUGGGUCCCGCUACAACAGCUACUGUGCAAAUAUUGCAAGAACUUUCUUGAUCGAUUCAAAUGCUACACAAAGUAAAGCUUAUCAGGUUCUAUUAAGAGCCCAUGAAGCUGCUCUUUCUGCUUUAAAGCCUGGUAACAAAGCAAAUGCUGUUUAUAAAGCUGCUGUUGCUGUGGUUGAAAAAGACGCACCUGAAUUGCUUCCUAAUUUAACAAAGUCAGCGGGAACCGGGAUCGGUCUCGAGUUUCGUGAAUCCGGGAUGUCUUUAAAUGAUAAGAAUGAAAAAAUCUUGAAAGUGGGAAUGGUUUUGAAUGUGAGUUUAGGGUUUCAAAACCUACAAACAAAAAGCAGCAAAACAAAGAGCCAGAAUUACGCCCUUCUGUUAGCUGAUACUGUUACUGUAUCAGCUAAAGGACCUGAAAAUUUAACUUCUUUGAGCUCCAAAGCUUUCAAAGAUGUUGCAUACUCUUUCAAUGAUGGUGAAGAAGAAGAAGAAGUUGAAAGGGUACAACAGCCAAAAACCGAGCCAAAACACUCGAAAGCCACACUCCGUUCAGACAACAACGAAAUGUCUAAAGAAGAGCUUCGAAGACAGCAUCAAGCAGAACUCGCGCGUGCCAAAAACGAAGAGACAGCUCAGCGCUUGGCUGGCGGGAAGAACGCCAGCGGGGACGGGAGAGCAUCUUCUAGAACAUCAAACGAUUUGGUUGCUUACAAGAAUGUAAACGACAUCCCACCUAAUAAAGAUAUCAUGAUUGUAGUGGAUCAAAGAAACGAAGCAAUUUUGAUUCCGUUAUAUGGCGCCAUGGUGCCAUUCCACGUGGCGACAGUUAAGACGGUUUCCAGCCAGGCGGAUACAUCUAGAAACUGUUACAUUCGGAUCAUAUUUAAUGUCCCUGGGACACCUUUCUCCUCUCAUGAAACAAAUUCAUUGAAAAACAACACCGGCAUCUUUCUAAAAGAGGUCUCGUUUAGGUCAAAGGACCCGAGACAUAUCUCUGAAGUGGUUCAGCAGAUUAAGACAUUAAGAAAAAAUGUGGUGUCACGUGAGUCUGAAAGAGCUGAACGUGCGUCUUUAGUGACACAAGAGAAACUUGUAACUGCUGGGAAUAAGUUCAAACCGAUUCGGUUAACGGAUCUUUGGAUCCGCCCGGUGUUUGGCGGGCGGGGACGGAAGCUUCCGGGGACUUUAGAAGCUCAUGAUAACGGGUUCCGGUACUCGACUUCGAGGUCAGAUGAACGUGUUGAUAUUUUAUUCGGGAAUAUAAAGCAUGCGUUUUUUCAAGCAGCUGAAAAGGAAAUGAUUACUUUGUUGCAUUUUCAUCUUCACAACCACAUCAUGGUUGGAAACAAGAAGACAAAAGAUGUUCAGUUCUAUGUUGAGGUGAUGGAUGUUGUUCAAACUUUAGGAGGUGCGAAAAGAUCCGCUUAUGAUCCGGAUGAGAUUGAAGAAGAACAACGAGAACGAGACCGGAAAAACAAAAUCAAUAUGGAUUUUCAAAGCUUUGUGAACCGGGUUAACGAUCUUUGGGGUCAACCCAAGUUCAAAGGGCUUGACCUUGAGUUUGACCAACCGUUACGGGAAUUGGGAUUCCAUGGUGUACCGUAUAAAGCUUCGGCUUUUAUCGUCCCGACUUCAAGCUGUUUGGUGGAGUUGAUUGAAUCUCCGUUUCUUGUUGUGACUUUGAACGAGAUUGAGAUUGUGAAUCUUGAAAGAGUUGGAUUGGGUCAGAAGAAUUUUGACAUGGCGAUUGUGUUCAAGGAUUUUAAAAAGGACGUGUUGAGGAUUGAUUCCAUUCCGUCUACUUCGCUCGAUGGAAUCAAAGAAUGGCUUGACACGACUGAUAUCAAGUAUUACGAGAGUCGUUUGAAUAUGAACUGGCGUGCGAUAUUGAAGACGAUUACGGAUGAUCCGAAGAAUUUCAUCGAUGAAGGCGGAUGGGAGUUUUUGAACCUGGAAGCGAGUGAUUCCGAUUCUGAUGGUUCGCAGGAAUCAGAUCAGGGGUAUGAGCCGUCGGAUGUGGAGCCGGAAUCAGAAUCGGAAGAUGAAGGGUCGGAUAGCGAGUCGUUGGUGGAGUCGGAUGACGAUGAGGAGGAAGGGUCGGAGGAGGAAGGUUCUGAGGAGGAAGAAGGGAAGACAUGGGAGGAGUUGGAGAGGGAAGCAAGCAAUGCAGAUAGGGAGAAUGGGGUUGAGUCAGACAGUGAGGAAGAGAGGAAACGAAGGAAGAUGAAGGCUUUUGGGAAGUCACGUGCGGGGCCCAGUAGCAGUAGCAGUGCUCCUAAGCGUCCUAAGUUCAGGAGGUAAAAAAAUCAUUCGAUUAUGGAUGAUGGAUGAUGGAGGUGUAGCAGUUUGUUUUAUUUUGGAUUUUGGAUUUUGGAUUUUGAGUUUAGAAGAAUUAGUGGAUUUUGUGUUGUUACUUGUUACUGUUAGGUGUACGUUUUGUUUUUGGGUACUUCAGAAGUAAUAUUGUCUUAUUAUUAUUAUGAAUUAAUUAAACGUUGAAUGUAGCGUCAAGGAUAUUCUGUUUUCAUAAGUUGUGGAAAUGUUUUAGUAUCUAUGAAUUAUGAAUUUAUGAUUA